UCAAAACGGAAAGUUAAAUACAGCACUGCCUACAGGCAAAAUUUUGCAGCGUCUGAACAGAACAUAGAUUUAUGUUACUCGAUUUAAAAAAUAUAUAUUAUUUAAAUCCAGAUCCUGGGAAGAAAUAUGUCCGCUGUGAUUCCUCGCAUCGAGCAGCUUUCCUGUAGGGUUCUGCGCGUGCUGGGGUGUAAUCCCGGACCCAUGACCCUACAGGGGACUAACACCUACCUGGUGGGCACUGGGAAAAGGCGUGUGUUAAUAGACACUGGUGAACCUUCUGUUCCUGAGUACAUCUCUAAUCUGAAGCAAGCUCUGCACCAGAGCGAGUCCUCCAUCCAGGAGAUCAUCAUCACGCACUGGCACCAUGACCACACAGGAGGAGUACCUGAUAUCCUUAAAAACAUACACUCAGAUUUGCAGGUGAGUAAACUCCCUCGCGUCCCUGCACAGCCAGAGGCAAUAGAAGGUGAAAAAAAGAAAUACACAUACCUUAAGGAUGGUGAUGUUAUCCAGACUGAGGGAGCCACUUUACGGGUCGUGUUCACCCCUGGCCACUCUGAUGACCACAUGGCACUGUAUCUGGAGGAGGAGGGAGCGGUGUUCUCUGGAGAUUGCAUUCUGGGGGAGGGGACAGCUGUGUUUGAGGACCUUCAUGAUUAUAUGCUUUCACUGCAGAUACUGCUCGACAUCAAUGCAGACAUCAUCUACCCAGGUCAUGGUCCUGUGGUGUUAAGUGCGUGCAAUAAGAUCCGGGAAUACAUCACCCAUCGCUCCGCACGGGAGCAGCAGAUUCUGUCUGUGCUGAGAGACAACCCUAAGGAGUCCUUCAGUCCCUCUGCCUUGGUUAAACUGGUGUACAAGGAUACCCCUGAACACUUGCAUGGAGCUGCUGAAGUCAACUUGGUUCAUCACUUAAAAAAACUACAGAAGGAGGGAUCAGUCUGCCUGGUUUCAGAAAAGUGGAAGAGCAAAUUAUGACUCCUACCAUAAACACCUCACAAAAAAUAAAAUGUACAACAUUGCAAAAAGAUGUGUACAACUAAUAGAUUAUUACAUUGUUUAUAUUUUCUAUAAACAAUGAGAUGCAGUAAAUAUUUGUUAAUUUUAAUACUUAAAAUUGUAUUAAUAGUGUAAUUAUUUUUUAUUAUCAUCUAUUAAACUUCUUUUACUGAUUUA